CGUACCGUGGCGAGCACUUCACUUGAGCACUUGCAGAGUUUUCUUUGCAAUUGCGCACUGCAUAUGUGUGUAUAUAUAACGGCCAUUUGUGCGCUGGCUGCGAGAGCAACGGGCAAGCUAAGGUACCAUCGAGCAGCAUGUACGCCGGCGGCGGCGGCGUGAGGCGUGCGGCGACGGCGCUGAUCUGGGUACUGGUGCUUGCGGCGGCGGGUGGCGGCAGCGUCGUCUGCGAGGCGCAGCUCCGGCGCGGGUACUACGCCGGCGUGUGCCCCAACGUGGAGUCCAUCGUCCGCGGCGUGGUGGCCAAGAAGAUCCAGCAGACACCCGCCACCGUCGGCGCCACCGUGCGCCUCUUCUUCCACGACUGCUUCGUCGAGGGCUGCGACGCGUCGGUGAUGGUGGCGUCGACGGCGAACAACACGGCGGAGAAGGACCACCCCAUCAACCUGUCCCUGGCCGGCGACGGCUUCGACACGGUGAUCAGGGCCAGGGCGGCCGUGGACGCCGCGCCGGGAUGCCGCGGCAAGGUGUCGUGCGCCGACAUCCUCGCCAUGGCCACCAGGGACGCCAUCGCGCUGGUACGCACGACCGUUUACUCGGGCGGUCCGUCGUACGCGGUGGAGCUGGGUCGGCUGGACGGGCUGAGGUCGACGGCGAGCAGCGUCAACGGGAGGCUGCCGGCGCCCUUCUUCAACCUGGACCAGCUCAACCAGAUGUUCGCCGCCAACGGGCUCUCGCAGACCGACAUGGUCGCCCUCUCAGAACAACGAACAGAAAUAGCUCAUCUCCUGCACUAUGGACGCAGCUGGGCACACGGUGGGUCUGGCGCACUGCAGCACGUUCGCGGGGCGGCUGCGGGGGGCGGACGCGACGCUGGACGCCGGGUACGCGGCGCAGCUGGCGGGGUGGUGCCCGGCGGGGGUGGAUCCGCGGGUGGCGGUGGCCAUGGACCCCGUGACGCCGGUGAGCUUCGACAACCAGUUCUUCCGGAACCUGCAGGCCGGGAAGGGACUGCUGGCGUCGGACCAGGUGCUGCACACGGACACCAGGUCCAGACCCACCGUCGACGCGCUGGCACGGAGUCGCGUCGCGUUCGACCGAGCCUUCGUCGACGCCAUCACCAGGCUGGGCCGCGUCGGGGUCAAGACGGCGACGGCACGGGGCAACGUCCGCCGCGACUGCGCCGUGCUCGGCUGAGAAUAGAAUUAUUCCUCGUCAGAAUGCCGUCCAGCACUUCAGCUACUUCGUUAUACUCGUCGAUCGGAUUCUUCAGACAUGGGGAAAAAAAAGGAGAAUAGAAGGAAAUGGAGAAUUGUUGGAAUGUAUAGCAGGCUUAUGUAAUGUAGCUAGCACUGGAAUGAAAACUCUGUUCGUGGUCAGGUCUACAGGAAAUCUACAGAGUAUAGAAUCUCACUUGUGGUGCACUCAAGCAAGCAAAUAAAAAAAAAACGAUGUUAUAACUCUCAA